AUGGAUGUCGUCGAGAAAAACGAUAAUGAAGAGGGAGAAUGUUGGAAAUCUCCAGUGUCGUGGCGGGAGUCGGUAGCUAAAUAUAGCUGCGUGCGCGACGCGUGUUACAGCGCAUGCGCGGUGACCAGAUGUGGCGGGAGCCUGGGACAAUGGGCAGGUGAUUGCUUUGUGGAGAACAAAAAGAGAGAGAAGAAGAGUUUUAUUAUAUGCAGAUGA